UCCCCAGAGAGAGGCCUCAUAAAAACGCGCUCUCCUCGCUGCGCUCAGCUGAACUUCUCCAGGACCCCUGAUUUACAUCUGACCACUGCUUCACUGCGGCAGAAUGAGGGAAAUAGUCCAUAUACAGGCCGGACAGUGCGGCAACCAGAUCGGGACAAAGUUCUGGGAAGUGAUCAGUGAUGAGCACGGAAUUGAUCCAGCAGGCAACUAUGUGGGUGACUCAGGCCUUCAGCUCGAGAGGAUUAAUGUGUACUACAACGAGGCAUCCUCACAUAAAUAUGUUCCUCGAGCAGUGCUGGUGGAUUUGGAGCCAGGCACAAUGGACAGUGUCCGGUCCGGUGCGUUUGGGCAGCUCUUUAGACCAGACAACUUCAUUUUUGGACAGACAGGUGCAGGGAACAACUGGGCGAAGGGCCACUAUACUGAGGGUGCAGAGCUGGUGGAUUCGGUUCUGGAUGUGGUGAGGAAAGAAUGUGAACACUGUGAUUGUCUCCAGGGCUUCCAGCUCACUCACUCCCUAGGCGGAGGCACCGGCUCAGGCAUGGGAACCCUCCUGAUCAGCAAGAUCCGUGAGGAGUACCCUGAUCGAAUCAUGAACACCUUCAGCGUCAUGCCUUCGCCCAAAGUGUCUGAUACUGUAGUGGAGCCCUACAAUGCUACACUAUCAGUUCACCAACUGGUGGAGAACACGGACGAGACCUAUUGUAUUGAUAAUGAGGCUCUUUACGAUAUUUGUUUCCGCACUUUAAAGCUCACCACACCUACUUAUGGUGAUCUAAACCACCUGGUCUCAGCCACCAUGAGCGGGGUCACCACGUCUUUGAGGUUUCCAGGCCAGCUAAACGCAGACCUGCGCAAGCUAGCAGUCAACAUGGUCCCCUUCCCUCGCCUCCAUUUCUUCAUGCCUGGUUUUGCACCCCUGACCGCAAGGGGAAGCCAACAGUACCGCGCUCUCACUGUACCUGAGCUUACCCAGCAGAUGUUCGACGCCAAAAACAUGAUGGCAGCCUGUGACCCACGCCAUGGCCGUUACCUCACCGUGGCGACUGUUUUCCGUGGACCCAUGUCCAUGAAGGAAGUGGAUGAGCAGAUGUUGGCUAUCCAGAAUAAGAACAGCAGCUAUUUCGUGGAAUGGAUCCCCAACAAUGUCAAAGUGGCUGUCUGCGACAUCCCACCCAGGGGCCUCAAGAUGGCCUCCACCUUCAUCGGCAACAGCACGGCCAUCCAGGAGCUCUUCAAGCGCAUCUCUGAGCAGUUCUCCGCCAUGUUUCGCCGCAAGGCGUUCCUGCACUGGUUCACCGGGGAGGGCAUGGAUGAGAUGGAGUUCACAGAGGCCGAGAGCAACAUGAACGACCUGGUGUCCGAGUACCAGCAGUACCAGGAGGCCACGGCCAACGACGGAGAAGACACGUUCGAGGAAGACGAGGAGGAGGUCAACGAGUGACAACAGUAUACUGCUAUUUUGUGAUCGUGCACACACAUAUUAUUAAUGUGUUGUGAGUAUUUUCUUAAGCUGUGAUUUUCUUUUUUUAUGUGGAUUGAAAUCCUAGUCAACACUAGGAGAAGAGUGUUUGCAAUAAACGUUAUUGGAAGAGCUAA